GGCUUUUUAAAACAGCGCCACUGGGGUCUUCUCCAUGCGGCUCGGGCUAUGACAGCCUCCGUGCUCCUCCACCCCCGCUGGAUCGAGCCCACCGUCAUGUUUCUCUACGACAACGGCGGCGGCCUGGUGGCCGACGAGCUCAACAAGAACAUGGAAGGGGCGGCGGCGGCGGCGGCAGCGGCAGCAGCGGCGGCAGCGGCCGGGGCCGGGGGCGGGGGCUUCCCCCACCCAGCGGCUGCGGCCGCAGGGGGCAACUUUUCCGUGGCGGCGGCGGCCGCGGCAGCCGCAGCGGCCGCAGCCAACCAAUGCCGCAACCUGAUGGCGCACCCAGCACUGGCGCCGGGCGCCGCGGCCGCCUACAGCAGCGCGCCGGGGGAGGCGCCCCCGUCAGCCGCCGCCGCCGCUGCCGCCGCCGCCGCUGCCGCCGCCGCCGCCGCCGCGUCGUCCUCGGGAGGGCCGGGCCCGGCGGGUCCGGCAGGCGCCGAGGCCGCCAAGCAAUGCAGCCCCUGCUCGGCCGCGGCGCAGAGUUCGUCGGGGCCCGCGGCGCUGCCCUAUGGCUAUUUCGGCAGCGGCUACUAUCCGUGCGCCCGAAUGGGUCCGCACCCCAACGCUAUCAAGUCGUGCGCACAGCCCGCCUCGGCCGCCGCGGCCGCCGCCUUCGCGGACAAGUACAUGGAUACCGCCGGCCCCGCGGCCGAGGAGUUCAGCUCCCGCGCUAAGGAGUUCGCCUUCUACCACCAGGGCUACGCAGCCGGGCCUUACCACCACCACCAGCCAGUGCCUGGCUAUCUGGAUAUGCCGGUGGUGCCUGGGCUCGGGGGGCCCGGCGAGUCGCGCCACGAGCCCCUGGGUCUUCCCAUGGAAAGCUACCAGCCCUGGGCGCUGCCCAACGGCUGGAACGGCCAAAUGUACUGCCCCAAAGAGCAGGCGCAGCCUCCCCACCUCUGGAAGUCCACUCUGCCCGACGUGGUCUCCCAUCCCUCGGACGCCAGCUCCUAUAGGAGGGGGAGAAAGAAGCGGGUGCCUUACACCAAGGUACAAUUAAAAGAACUCGAACGGGAAUACGCCACGAACAAAUUCAUUACCAAGGACAAACGGAGGAGGAUAUCAGCCACAACGAACCUCUCUGAGCGGCAGGUCACAAUCUGGUUCCAGAAUAGGAGGGUCAAAGAGAAAAAAGUCAUCAACAAACUGAAGACCACUAGUUAAUGGAUUAAAAAGUGGAGCAGAAGGCAACUUGAAAUACUU